UUUGUGGGUGAAAAAGAGAAAUCCAUGGGCGGUGGUGGGUUUUAGGGUAAUCUAAUUUAUGUCUCUCCUUUUCCCACUUCAAACUCUUUUGUAUAUAUAUUUGCUGCCAACUUUGCCAAACACUGCCUCCUAGUCUCACUCUUUGGUUCUCAUCAAAUCCAAAAAAGGCCAAACUUUUUCUUGUGAACUCCGCUUAGUUUCUGUUUCUUGAUUCAUCAUCAGCCAACCCCACUUCUUAUAUUGGUAAAACAUGUCGACUGUGAGGCUUCCUUCCACUUGCAUGUUCCAAGCCGCACCUCAGAGCGAAAGAAAGAGUGCAUUUGUUAAAAUGCCAUUCUCAGUGGGCUCUGUAAGGAACAUCUCUAAAUCCUUCGGCUUGAAAGCCGACUCUGGCUUUAGAGUAUCAGCUAACGUGUACAAGGUCAAAUUGGUUUGUCCAGAUGGUACUGAACAUGAGUUUGAAGCACCGUCCGAUACUUACAUCCUCGAUGCAGCUGAGAAUGCUGGAGUCGAUCUCCCUUAUUCUUGCAGGGCUGGUGCUUGCUCAACUUGUGCUGGGAAGAUAGAGUCAGGUGCUGUUGAUCAAUCUGACGGAUCUUUUCUGGACGACAACCAAAUGAACGAGGGCUAUGUGCUCACUUGUGUUUCUUACCCAUCCUCUGAUUGUGUUAUCCACACUCACAAGGAGAGUGAUCUUUACUAGAUAAAUCCAAUUUCAAGUAAGGUAAAAACAGUUAGAUAUUGCUCUUUUCCCUCUAGUGUCAAAACUAGUAUUCAAUCAAGAACAUCCUUUGUUUCAUAAAUUGCUUGUGUAAUGAAGUCUUUCUUAUAUAUGAAUGAAUAUGCCUAUUGGUUUUA